AUGGCCACUCAAAGUCUGCAGUUUCAGCAGAACGUUUCAGUCACCAUUCAGGACUUACAGACCCAAAUUGGGCAGCUAGCAACUUCAGUGAAUAAUUUACAACAACAAGGGUCUGCAGCACUUCCUUCUCAGCCUGUAGUUAAUCCAAAAGGUAAUGUAAGUGCUAUUACUUUAAGAAGUGGCAAGGAACUGACCAAUUGUCCAGUGCAGGCCAGUGAAGGUAGUGGAAGUGAAGAGGGAGUCCGAGACAAUUCAGCACAGCAGCAGAUUUCCCUUCCUUUCCCAACCAGAGUCCCUCCACCAAAGAAAAUAGAAAUAGAUCAAGAGUUGCUGGACACCUUCAAGAAGGUGGAGAUUAAUAUUCCUCUGCUGGAUACCAUCAAACAGAUUCCUCGAUAUGCGAAAUUCUUGAAGGAACUCUGUACUUAUAAGAGGAACUUGAAAAAGAGGAAUGUCCAAACAGUUUCAUCCUUGUCCCAGUCUAGCCUUCCACAGAAAUGUGGUGAUCCAAGAACUUUCUCCAUUCCCUGCACAAUUGGAGAGUCCUCUUUUGCUAGUGCCUUGCUGGAUUUGGGAGCUUCUAUUAAUGUUAUGCCUUCAGCCGUAUAUAAGAUGUUGCAUUUGGGAGACUUGAAACCAACCAACGUGAUUAUCCAGUUAGCAAACCGAAGCACAGCUCAGCCCUUGGGAGUGCUCGAAGACGUGUUGGUAAAAGUUAACCAAUUAAUUUUUUCGGCUGAUUUUUACAUUCUUGAUAUGCAGGAUGAGAACUCGACCUUGAUUCUGGGUAGACCAUUCUUGAUGACUGCGAAGACAAAGAUUGAUGUCCAUACAGGCACACUGUCCAUGGAGUUUGGAGAUGACACAGUUCAUUUCAAUAUCUUUGAUGCCAUGAGACAUCCAGCUGAGAGCCAUUCGAUGCUUUCUGAGAGUUCUGAUUUUUCUGUUUUCCUUAUUAAUGUAGUAGAUGUAGUAGAUAGAAAUUCUGAUUUAGAUUCUGAUACAGUUCAUGUAAUUGAUUCUGAUUUUGAUUCUAAUUUUGAUUCUGAUAUAGUUGAUGUAGUUGAUUCUGAUAUUGAUAUUGCUGUAAAUUCAGAUUUUGACUUGUCUCAGUUUUCAGACUUUGAUUUACAUUUAGAUGCUUUACCAGGAUGCACCUGUGAUAGUGGCAUUUGUUCUAUUUGUGCUGAGAUUAAUACUGCCAUAUCUUCUGUUGUUUUGCCUUCCAUUGUAGGUGCAGAUCCAGAACCAGAUUCUAUAAUAUCCAUGGCUGCUGUAGCCCCACAAUCUCCAUUAUCAGUUAUUCAACAGCAGCCAGGUUCAUUGGAGUUGAGCCCUCUGCCAAAGCACCUUAAAUAUGUUUAUCUGGAUGCAGAGCAGCAGAGAUUUCCGGUAAUUAUAUCCAGCAGACUUCUGGAGGAUCAAGAAAAGAAGUUGCUGCAAGUCUUAAAGGUGCACAAGAAAGCCAUCGCUUAG